AACCCAACCCAACCAAUAUUAUAUCAGUAAUGUUAACUAAUGUUUCCGAUGUUUCCUCGAUGGUGGUAGGAAGAAAGAACGUAGUCAAAUUUUGUAAAUGAAAAAAACAAGGUCUCUUAGGUUAAGAAGAUAAAAUGUUUCUUAGAAUCUAUCCUAAAAUAUUGAAUUGCUGUAAUGCCAGACAAAUACAUACGAAUGUAUCUCGAGUGUUAUUCAACCAAUAUUACAAUGCAAGACAUAAGAAAAGAAUGCGAUCUUCACUUUUAUAUUGGAGCGGUUUCGGUGUUUUAGUACUUGGAUGUACAUAUGCCGCAGUUCCUUUGUAUAGGAUAUUUUGUCAGACAUAUAAUUACGGUGGUACACUGUCAGCUAAUCAUGAUAGUACUAAACUACGUAGUGUGAUACCUGUUAAGGACAGAGUUAUAAACGUAAAAUUUAAUGCAGAUACAGCUGCAACGAUGCAAUGGAAUUUUAAACCACAACAAACUUGUAUAAAAGUUAUUCCUGGAGAAACUGCUCUAGCGUUUUAUACAGCAAAAAAUCCAUUAGAUAUACCAAUUACUGGUAUAUCAACUUAUAAUGUAGUACCAUAUGAUGCAGCACAAUAUUUCAAUAAAAUUCAGUGUUUCUGUUUUGAAGAACAACAGCUUAAUCCACAUGAAGAAGUUGACAUGCCAGUAUUUUUUUACAUUGACCCAGAGUUUGCUGAUGAUCCAAGAAUGGAAAAUGUCAAUGAAAUUAUACUUUCCUACACGUUCUUUCAAGCCAAGGAAGGAAUUAAAAUUCCUUUACCAAGUUUUUUGCAAAAACACACACAAUAGUGAUUGGUAAUAGAAACUAUAACAAUGUUUUAACAAUGGAUAGAAAUAUAUAUUGAACACUUAGUACUACUUGUGAAUGAUGAACUACUGAUGAAUGAAAACUGUUUCUAGUUGUAUAUAUGUCCAACUCCAAGUGACAUUGGGAGGUUCUACAUUCUCGUAACUAUGAACAGGAUCAAUCGUCAAUGUAUAUUUAAAGUUUAUUUCUGUAUUUUAAUAUUACCUGAUUCUUGCAUUCA